AUGUUUCUGUCAUAUUAUUUGGUAUUGCUUGUGUUGCCGUUAUGUGCCGCGCAAAUAACGGUAUCAAAUGAUGGCGAUGAGGCAAUAGAAGCAGCAAUAAGAAAUGACGAAGAAAUAAAGAUUAUGGUUAAUGACAGUAAAACAAACGAAAAACGGUACAAAUGUGAGGUAUGCGAUAAGCAAUUUGAAUAUUCAAGUGUUCUGAAGCGCCAUAAGGUGACACAUACCGAUGAAAGAAAUUACGUAUCGGUGCGUCGAGCUGAGAAAACAUCAAGUGACGCACGGAAACGAACGACCGCUCGAAUGUUACGUGUGCAAUAA